AUGAAUAUCGAGGAACGGAAGCUCAUGCACACGGCCCAAAAAGCUGGUCAGUUCACUGACUUUGCUUUUCUCUGCAAAGGCACAAAGAUUCCCGUGCACAAAGUCAUAAUAUGUGCACAAUCCAAAGUUUUUAAUGCCGCUUGUAACAGUGAUUUUAAGGAAGCCACAUCAGGAGUCUAUGACUUGAGCGAAUACCCCCUAGAAUGUGUCGAGAUGAUGGUCGAUUACUUCUACGUCGGGCACUAUGGAAAUAAGAACCCAGAUGCGUCCAAGAUAUCCCUUUCGACUCAUCUGUGGAUGCUGGUCUUGGCAGACAAGUAUUUAAUCCAACGCCUUGAAUCGCAGGCCAAGUCUUUCUAUAUCAGCCGACUGAAGCAGAAGAAGGUUGAAAUGGAGGACUUUCUCCAAUCGCUUCCGCUUCUGUAUGAGCUGCCCGUCGCGGUCUCCAGGGAUUCUAUCGAAGCGACCUUCGUCUACACGAGGGAGGCGGUGCUGGCUUGCAUAUGUAGGAAGGCAAGCAUGGGAGUGAUCGACCAGAUAUCUGACGUUAGUCAGGACUUCCUGAAAGAGGUCAUGAUGUCCAUUAUGACUACUCCUCUGGAGUCUAGAUGCAGUGACUGCAGCAAACUGCAUCACCUAUCAAAGAGCUCUCAGGAAUUACAACGUUCUCAUGCGAGUCGAACACAUAUUCCCAAUGCUGGCAGCGCCCUCUCACCUGGCCCCGGAACAAAUGUUUUUAGUUCUGACAGUCUCUUUGCAUAUGGCCCUGGAACAUGUCAUGCUCGUCCUUCCAGAGCCUUUUCACCUGCUUAUGAUGUUGCCCCUUUUGCACGUUGGGGCUAG